UAUGGAGAAAAUAACUUCAAACAUGACUUCGUUUCAUUUUGUCCAACUUCGGGGAAAGUCAGAACUUCCAGUGUUAGUGAAGCUCUUCUAAAGGCUCUCGGGAAGGCAAGAGGGUGAGCCGCUCGUCCGGAAGCCGGCAGGGGGCAGGCUAGUCCAGCAGGGCCUGUGACCACUAUCCUGUUCCCUCCCUUUCCGGCCUGGGGCGCGUAGCUGUUGCCAUAGAGACGGAGCUUGGUUGGCAACCGUCACUAGGGUUUGUGGAGUGAAGACGCUGAGCCGCUUGGGAUUUUGAGGAACGAAGUGGGCGCGCCCCUAGGAAACUACAGAAAGAUGUCAGACGCGGAAGAAAGUGUAGAAACAGAAAAAGAAGAGGAGGAAGAUAAUCCAAGUCAUGAAGAAGAAAGCCUGCAGCCAAGCCUGACUGGAGACACGUUAUCAUGGGGGGAGUCUCAGGAGGUGGAGGAGAAAUGGGUGGAGGAAGAGGAACAGAUAGAAGGAGAGGAAGCAAGAGGACAGGAAGAGAAAGGGGAGGAAGAAGGAGUGAGAGGGGAGGAAGAGAGAGGAAAAGAAGAGGAAAUGAGAGGUGAGGAAGAGGAAAUGAGAGAGGAGGAAGAGGAAUUGGGAGAGGAAGAAGAGGAUUUGAGAGGUAAGGAAGAUGAAAUGAGAGAGGAAGAAGAGGAAGUGAGUGGUGAGGAACAGGAAAUGAGAGGUGAGGAAGAGGAAAUGAGAGAGGAAGAAGAGGAUUUGAGGGAGGAAGAAGUGAGAGGUGAGGAAGAGGAAAUGAGAGAGGAAGAAGAGGAAGUGAGAGGUGAGGAAGAAGAAAUAGGAGAGGAAAAAGAGGAUUUGAGAGAGGAAGAAGAUUUGAGAGAGGAAGAAGUGAGAGGUGAGGAAGAGGAAAUGAGAGAGGAAGAAAUGGAAAUGAGAGGUGAGGAAGAGGAAAUGAGAGGUGAGGAAGAGGAAGUGAGAGGUAAGGAAGAGGAAAUGAGAGAGGAGGAAGAGGAAGUGAGAGGUAGGGAAGAGGAAAUGAGAGAGGAGGAAGAGGAAGUGGGUGAGGAAGAGGAAAAGAGAUGGGAGGAAAAGGAGAAAGGUGAAGAGGAAAAAGGUAAGGGAAUAGGAGUUGAAAAAGUGGAAAGUAAGGAAAAUGGAGGUGAGGAGGAAGACAAGGAGAGGGGAGAGGAGGAGCAUAAGGGGGAAGGGCAGGAAGGAAAAGAGGAGGGGAAAGAGAGGAGUGGAAAGGGAGAAGAAGAGGGAGGUACUGUCAUAAAAGAAACCGAGAAACAAAUUGGAAGCGCUGAGGACGAAGGAGCAAAGAAACCCCCAAAGCGACUCAUCUUAGAUGAUAUCGUCAUCAGUUCUGAGUCAUCCACGUCAGCAUCGUCCCUGAUUAUAACCUCGGGAAGUAGCAAGUCGUCUUCACACUCCCAGAGUCCUGAAGUGAGCCAGAUCUUCAGAGAUAGAAGUACAAAAGAUGAAAUCACUGAGGCAGCUGCUGUAGAGUCUGAGGAGGUACAGAUCCAUUCUCGCGGGAGGAGGUCAUCGAAGGGAGUUAAGAAGGAAACUGGCCAGGAGGCCGAUGUUUCAGCCCAAGGAUGGAGAGACCAGGAAGGUGCUGAAGCAGCACGGGAGAAAGCGGAAUCCGGAGAACUGGCCUUCCUCCUCACAGAGGAAGAACGACAAAAAUUAUCCCAGCUCAAAUCAGGGGGUCCCGAGGAGUCAAUGGUGGCCACCUCCACAGAGGACACCUUGUUCCAGAAGGAGGAGGCCUCCAAGGUGUAUCCUUUGACCAUGACCUGGUCCUUUGGAUGGAACAGUUUCCUCCCUGUCUACUACCUCCGGGAGAACCAGAGAGUCAUUCUCUACGUCUGUGCGCACACUGCUGUCAUCUACAAUGUCUUCAGGAACACCCAGUACCACCUUCAGGGCCACCCUAAUAUCAUCUCCUGCCUCUGUGUCAGUGAAGACAGGCGCUGGAUUGCCACAGCAGACAAAGGGCCAGACUGCCUCAUAAUUAUAUGGGACUCCUUCACAGGAAUCCCAGUGCACACCAUAUUUGACAGCUGUCCAGAAGGUAAUGGCAUAAGGUCGAUAGCCAUCACCCAUGACGCCAAGCUUCUGGCUACCAUCUCUGAUGCUGAAAUCCAGAAAGUGUGCAUCUGGAAGUGGACCUUGGCAGUGGAGACGCCUGCAUGCACCCUUGAGCUUCCCAAAGAGUAUGGUUUCCAGAACUACCUCACCUUCAACCCAGCGAGCAAUAGGGAGCUGGUGAGCAACAGCAAGACGCAGGCCGUCUAUUACUCCUGGCUUGAAGAGAAGGGUAUACUUGCUCACAGUGCCCCGAUUUUAACAGAAAAAACGUUCAACAAACUCGUAGGAAAAUUCAGCCAGUCUAUCUUUCACUUGAAGUUAGCACAAAUACUUUCGGCCACGAAGGAAGGGAAGCUUGUUGUCUGGGAUAUCCACAACCGCUCUUCGUCCUCCGCGUCGGCCUUUCCCUUCAUCAAGCCUCGCAAAUUGGUCCAUUUACAGAAGGAAGGCAUCACCGUCCUCACCACAGUCGACAACUACAUUGUCACAGGUGACGUAAAGGGCAGUAUUAAGUUCUACGAUCACACCCUGUCUGUUGUCAACUGGUACAGUAACUUCAAACUAGGUGCCAUAAGGACGCUGUCCUUUUCCAAGAGCCCAGUCAGUCCACCUACAGAGAAAUCCAACUUCCCCACAGACUGCACGUUAAAAGGUGACCUUUUCGUCGUCAGGAAUUUUAUUAUUGGAACGUUUGAUGCUACCGUGUACCACAUGACGACAGAUGGCACCAAACUUGAGAAGCUCUUUGUGGAGCCCAGGGAUGCCGUUUAUGCCAUCUCCUGCCACCCGUACCAACCCCUCAUCGCAGUUGGGAGUGUCUGCGGGAUGAUCAAGGUGUGGGACUACGAGAAGAAGGUGUAUCUGUUCAGCAGGACCUUCGAGAAGGGGCUUGGAGUCCAGAGUCUGAGCUACAACCCCGAAGGAGCCCUGCUUGGAGCUGGAUUCACAGAGGGGACGGUUUAUAUUCUUGACGCGAUGUCUUUAGAGAAUGAAAGUCCAGAGCCCUUCAGAUACUCCAGAGCUAGUGUGUCGCACGUCAGCUUCUCCCAUGAUUCCAAUUACAUGGCUACUGCUGAUGUCAGUUUCACCGUGGCUGUGUAUAUGGUGGUGGUCAAAAACGGACAAAGGGUCUGGGAAUACCUGGCGAGACUCCGUUCCCAUCAUAACAGCAUCCGAAGCCUCCUGUUCGGGGUUCAUCUGGACAGCAAUGAGCCCAGGCUGCUAAGCCUCGGGAAAGACAGGUUCCUGAUAGAGUACAAUCUCAUCAAGAGCUACAAAGACCACCUGAUAGUCCUGGACAUCCACCGGACAGACCAGGGGAGCUACCCCACCUGCAUGAUCUGGUACCCGCCGCUCACCAAGGAGCUCUUUCUUCUCAUCUGCAACAGCUGCUACAAAGUGAAGCUUUUCAACUCCACCACGAAGAUGUGCAGAAAGACACUUCUUGGACCGGCUUAUGGGUCGCCUAUUGAGCACACACAGGUGCUCCCCGUUAGAUCCACAUUAGAGCUGCAGAAGCGUUACCUGGUGUUCAUCAACAAAGACAAGGUCGGACUCCAGAUCUUGCCAGUUGACGGAAACCCACACAAAACAUGCGCUAUCAUUUGCCACCCAAGCGGGGUGGCUGGAAUGGCCCUUUCCUACGAUGGCCGCUAUGCCUUCACAGCCGGAGGCCAAGAUUGCUCAGUGGUUCAGUGGGAAAUCAACUUAAGUGCCCUGGAGGCGGCCGUUUCUCUUGGGGGUGAAGACUUGACCCCAUUCUACGGUCUGGUGGCUGGUGGCAGAGAAGGAAAAUUCUACAGGGAGCUGGAGGACUACUUCUACUAUUCUCAGAUUCGCAGUCAAGGCAUCGAUACGAUGGAGACCAGGCAGGUGUCAGAACAUAUCUGCCUGUCGGAGCUCCCUUUUGUCAUGAGAGCGAUCGGUUUUUACCCGUCAGAGGAGAAGAUUGAGGACAUGUUUAAUGAGAUCAAGUUUAGCGAAUAUGUGGACACUGGGAAGCUGAUCGACAAAAUCAACUUGCCGGAUUUCUUCAAGGUUUAUCUUAAUCAUAGGCCGCCUUUCGGUAACACCAUGGCCGGCAUCCAGGAGAGCUUUAACGUGCUGGGUUUCACCAAUUCCCAAGGGAAAAAGGCUAUUCGGAGAGAGGACUUCCUGAACUUGCUCCUCACUAAAGGCGAGCACAUGACAGAGGAGGAGAUGUAUGACUGCUUUGCGACGCUGUUUGGUCUGAAUCCUGAGGGGUGGAAAUCCGAACCUGCAGCCACCUCCACCAGAGAGUCAGAAAUCUGCCUAGAAGAAGAACUUCCAGACGAAAUCACCGCAGAAAUAUUCGCAACUGAAAUUCUUGGCUUAGCCAUUUCCGACAGUUCCGGACAGUUGGAUCAGUGAAGUCCCUGGGAAUGCUGGCAGCACAAAGCACUCCGUGUGCUUGCACACGCAUGUGUGCCUUUUCCAAGGGGUGUUCCUUUUCUGUACACGCCUGCCCCACCCUAAUCUUCAGAGCACUUAGACAUUAAAAGCCACUUUCUCUUA